UCCGAAACUAAUAUCUUUCUAGCUAAGCUUUCAUUUAAAAAUGGUGGGUAUGUGGUCAAUGAUUAGACAAAUUGAUCAAUCCAAAACUACAUGGGACAUAAAGGCUUGUGCGACGAGGGUUUACAGAGAACCUGCCCAUGAUGGGUUCCCGGAGUCCAUGGAAGUCAUAUUCCAUGAUGAAGAGGGAUCAAAGAUUCACGGGCACAUCCCGGAUCAGUUUAUCGGCAAAUUUUUUGGUUUGUUUAGGGAAGGACGUGUUUAUGCCAUAAAAAACUUUAUGGUUGAGGAAAUUUUCAUGUUUUUCAAAACCACCACUAGCGCGUAUAGGCUACGAUUCUUCAAAAAGAGUGAGGCAUUUGAGAUCAAGGUUCCAUUUCCGUUAAGAACGUUUUCGUUGGUGUCCUUUGCUGUGUUGCAGGCCCAAGAGUCUAUCGAUGACAGGGCAGCGAUUGGUCAGUUUGUUUGUAAAUCCAACAUUAUUGUGUUUUCCAUCUUGUGUUGAAAGUCAACUAACUUAAAUGGGACACAAUGCAAAUAUCAUUGGACAGGUCGUCCAUGAUAAGGAUCCUAAGACAAUUCUAAAAAAUGAUCGCCCAAAAAAGUUGGUGGAACUUAUCCUGGGAGAUACGGAGUUAGUAACUCUUUGGCCAAAUUUUUUCAAGUUUACUUUCCCCACUGUACGGUUAUCUAAUAGUUCCAAUGUUAUCUUUAAAAGGGGCAAUGUGAUCUCAUGCACCCUUUGGGGUCCUAUGGUCGAUAUGUUGAAGUCUUAUAAACUGACUACGGGUGAACCCAUAGCCAUGCUGCUUCAAUGCUGUCGUGCUAAGAAAUAUUAGCACGGUAUUUUUUUUUACAUAUUUUACAUGCUAUUGCCCGAAUAAAUAUUGCUUUGCUAAUGUAUUUUAACUACAUUUAGGGCAAGUACAUGUGUCCAACAUGUUUAACACAACCAAGGUUAUUCUUAACGGGGUGGAAGGCGAGUUCAACGAAUUUAAAUCUAGGAUGGCCAGCAGGUGUGGAGACGGUUUGAGCUUUACAAUUGCAUCUGAUACAUCUAACGACGGUGACAUUGGCACUGGCCAAAUACAGUUGGUUACUAUUGAGCAGCUCACAAAAUGGAAGAGGUUUGGUCAUGGGGGCUAAUGGUGUAUGUAAUGUUCUCGGUUUUUUGUAUAAGCACUAAUUGACUUCUUAAUUGUCUUAAUAAGGACGGCAAGCACUGGAUUUAUGGAGAAAUUGCAGACAUAGAUAGCCAUAAGGACUGGUGUUAUGUUUCAUGCAUUGGUUGUAAUCGAAAAGUUACUCCCAAUGGUGAUGGCUUUCAUUGCCUCUCUUGCAAUUCCUCAGACGCUGUUUUGAGGCACAAAGUCAACAUUCGAGUGGUUGAUAUAACCUCGCAUGCGUCCUUUCUGCUGUGGGACAGAGAGGUGUCAUGCUUGAUUGGGCGAUCCGCUGCAUCGUUGAAAGAACAAGUGACUAAGAGAAAUUUUGGGCCGCAUUAUUUCCCUUCCGAGAUCAAUGCUUUGAUGGACGUCAAGGCCCUGUUGCGCAUUCAGUAUAAACAUGAUAGCCAAAAUUACAAGGGUAAUCAGAACUACAACGUGCUUAGAAUAAAUACUGACCCUAGAGUUAUCUCACUCUAUGUCACUGAGUCAACCACAUCAGAGGAGGAUGAUGAGUUUUCAGCUUUGAAAACAGAGUUUGCUGGGGGUGAAAGGGUAAACACAUUGUCAUUUUUCUUAUAUUUUAGCGCCUGUUUUUAUAAAAUAAACUAAAAUGCCCAUUCCAGGUUGUGUCUUCAGAACAGGUGAAUUCAAGCAGCCCCUUACUUGACAAGGCGAAGAGAGACGCUCUGGAAAUUGAUACUGACAAGAUCAAUAGGAACCUGUUUGGAGAAUCUUCAUCCAACGUGCCGGCUAAAAACAUGCCAACUAAAAAGAUGAAGGGAAUUAAGAUCGAGGGCCCUAAAACCUGAUGCUAUUAUAUAUUUUGAUAAUAAAUUUGGAGUAUGGUGGAUUGGAAUAAGUAUUUUGUGAAAGGGUCUUAAAUAAAACAAGCAGAAUGGAGGCAGAUAUUAAGAAGACAGUAUGCUACAAUAGAUGUAGUCGGCGUCUUCAAUGUUUCCCUUUUUGGAUUUUGUUAGCCGUUCAAGGACUACUGCCUAAGUGUGCUCUACGUAACCCAAGUGCUCUUAUGUAAUUGUGUGAUAAUACUACUACAAUAUAAGUUUAUGGCCCACAUGUAGGGUCUCUUAUGUAUACUACUCCAAUAUUAAUGUUUGCACCUGAUCUAAUGUAAAAUAUUUAUGUGUCA